AUGCUUUGGGCAAAAGAAAAGUCUUUCUUUUUCUUCUAUUCAGGUCAAUCAUUGUCCAAUAACAAGUGUAUAUGUAAUUACACAAGAGCAAUAUCAAUGGAAUGGCUUUUUCUCUUGUUGUUAUUCAUCGAUUACUCUUCAGUUAUCAAUGGGAACGAUUUCCAGUGUUUAAUAUGUGACAACUUUCUCGACGGACCUGGUUGUGGUGAAUUUACUCGACCGAUACCUGUUCGUACAUGUCAAACGUUCUGUUAUUUUGCUGUUCUACACAAUCGUACAUUGUCCUCUUCAUUCAACUCACGUGAAUAUCCCAAAACUCGAGCUAUACGCGAUUGUUCACCGUACACCGAUAUGACAAUCGAAGGAAAUACUCUUCUACAAACGAAAAUCGAGUCCCUAUCACUUACUGAUAUCAUCACAAUAAAACGUUGUAACAGUGAACAGUGUAAUAAUGAUUUUUAUUUAAAUGCAGAGCAAUUUAUUUCGGGUAUUAGCUNGUGA